AGCCUAAAUAUAGUCAUGUGUGAUCUUGUUUGAUUUGUCUUAACAUAUAGAUUAUUAAUAUAUAAUUUCUAUAAUUUUUUAAUAUACAAAUUACAAGAUAAAAUGGAUUAAAGAAGUGCAUUGGAUGGUGUGCCGAAAGGCAUAGACUACUGGUACCAAUACAAAUACUACCAGUCAAGAACCAGCUAGCUAGCUAGAGCUGUAUAUGUUCAUAAAUAUAUAUACACACAAAAGAUGGCUGCUGAAAAUGAGUUCAAGCAUUUGGUUCUUGUCAAGUUCAAGGAAGAUGUUGUGGUGGAAGACAUUCUCAAAGGAAUGGAAACGCUUGUUUCUGAAAUGGACACUGUCAAGUCCUUUGUCUGGGGAAAAGACACAGAGAGCCAUGAAAUGCUAAGGCAGGGGUUUACGCAUGCUUUCUUGAUGACGUUCAACACCAAAGAGGAUCACAUUGCCUUCUCCACCCAUCCCAAACACCUCGAAUUUUCCGCCUCCUUCUCCGCUGCCAUUGAAAAGGCCGUGCUUCUUGACUUCCCGGCGGUUCUCGUUAAGCCUCCGCCGCCUGCUGCCGCUGUUACUCCUCCUCCCGCGGCGGCGGAUAAUUAAUCAAUCCUCCCUGGCCGGCGGUUGCACUUUACGACCCAUCUCUAUCUAUCCGAGUCUAUGUAUCAUCAUCAUGAACUCCCUAGCUUUCAUUUAAUUUAAUUUUAUGCAUCAUUAUAUUAUUACUCCGUAUUAUAUACGGAGUAUAUAGUUCUAAUUAGAGCUUUUAUUUAUAUAUGGAUAUCAUCAUGCAAUUAAGUAACCUAGCUACGUUCUCAUCAAAUAUGCUACCGGUUAAGUAUAAAAGCAUUGUAAGCUAGUAUGGCCGUGAAUAAAGUAACUCUGAUCUGUUACUAUGGGGUAAUAGCAUGGGU